AGCUCAGAACAGAGCUCCGUAGUUUUAUCAGAGCACAAAAAAAAUUAACACAAGAACAAUACCCACACCUCGUUUCCUUCACCGGCCCACAUGGAACCCACCAUAGGGGGGAUACACUGUUUUUUACAAGGAAACCAGCAGGAUGUAUCAAUCAUAUAUAUACAAGUAUGAUACUGAUGAAGCCUGUGAAGAGCAAGACACCCAAGGAAAACGCACUCCACAUCACUGUUCCUACAUCCAUCCAUCCAUCUGCAAGAAGAGAAGCAGAGGAGGAGGAGAAGAAGAUGUGCUACAAGGUGGAGUGCAGCAAGUGCGGCAAGUUCAGCUGGAACGGCUGCGGCAAGCACGUCGCGUCCGUGUACGAAGGGAUCGAGAAGGGGAAGCACUGCAGCUGCAAGCCGUGGCCAGGCGUCGUCGACGACGCCAAGCCAGAGGGGUCCACGUCGGCUGCCAAGGAAGGUGAAGCGAAAGCUUGAGUUCGAUGGAGUGGAAGAGAUCGCUGGUCUUGCCGCCGUUGGAUUGAAGGAGCUUUAUUUACCCUUUGAGAGAAUAAUGUUUUUUCUUCUUCUUCUUCUUCCAUAUAUUGAUGUGCGUGUGUACUGGUUUUCUGGGUUUCUACACAAGUACUGUACUACAAAUAAAACGAUGUUAAGCUACUCCAAAUCGAUGGAGUGCAGCAAACGCGGAGACAUUGAGCUUGAAAAGCCGUGUCAAACAUUUUUUCCCGUCCAGAAUAAAAAAAAACUGUCAUAUGGGUCAUCGAUCAGA